UUUUACUGGAAGAAAGACUGGAAAGGAUCUGGAGCAACUUGAGAAACUGCAAGUUGCCUCUGGUGUGAGAGAAUUGGCUGUCUGCAAGGAUAUUGCCCAGGGGAGGCCUGGAUGUUCCGAUGUUUUUACCAUCCUCGUGGGAGGCUUCUCUCAUGUCCCUGCAUGGAGCUGUAGCUGACAGGGGGAACUCAUCCAUGCCCUCCCCAAGUUGGAUUCGCAUAGGCAACCUUCAGGGGAGAUAUGGAAGAGAGCAAAUGACGGGGAAGCAGAUCAGGUGCUGGAGAAAAAUGUGAUCUAUCUAGACAUGGAAGGAUGUGUUGGGAAUCUAGAUGGCUUGCAGAAGCAGAAGGGAUAUAAUGUGGUUAAGGAAAUGGAUCAAUGCAUUCCUUGCUUGGAUGCUGACUUUUGCGAAAUGCCAAUCCAUGCCAAAAUAGACAGAAGAAAGAGAGAACGAGUGCCCAGCGUACGUGGAGAGUCACAGCAAUACGUCAUGCCUUAAAAUGCCGAGGAGGACAAGCACUGGAGAAAAACUGAAGCCAUUUACAUGCCUGAAGUGUGGAAAGAGCUUCAGUAGGACAUCGGAACUUAAUAGACAUGAACGAGUCCACACAGGACAGAAAUCAUUCCAAUGCCUGGAGUGUGGGAAGAGCUUCAGUCAAAGCAGAAACCUUACUUCCCAUCAAAGGAGCCACACAGGAGAGAAACCAUACAAAUGCCUGGAAUGUGGAAAGGGCUUCAGCAAUAGCGGGAUUCUUACUACACAUCAAAGGAGCCAUACGGGCAAAAAACCCUACAAAUGCUUGGAGUGUGGGAAGUGCUUCAGUCAGAGCGGCAUUCUUCUGGCCCACCAAGGAAUGCACAUGGGGCAAAAGCCUUUCCAGUGCCUGGAGUGUGGGAAGAGGUUUCGCCAGCUCAUACACCUUACCUCCCACGAGAGAAUCCACACGGGAGAGAAACCGUUCCAAUGCCUAGAAUGUGGAAAGAGCUUUCGUCAGCACAUCCACCUUACCUCUCAUAAAAGAACCCACACGGGAGAGAAACCGUUUCAGUGCUUCGAGUGUGGGAAAACCUUCAGCCAAAGCUCCCACCUUAUAAGACACGAAAGAACCCACACAGGAGAGAGACCAUUCAAAUGCCUGCUGUGUGGAAAGAGCUUUGGCCACAGCUCGGAGCUUGUUCGGCACGAAAGGACGCACACGGGAGAGAAGCCGUUCAAGUGUCCAGAGUGCGAGAAAUGCUUCAGUCGGAGCUCCGAGCUUAUUAGGCAUAAAAGGAUUCACACCGGAGAGAAGCCGUUCAAAUGCUUGGAGUGCGACAAAAGCUUCAUCGAUAGCACAAAUCUUAUUAGACACCAGAUAAGCCACACAGGGGAGAAACCAUAUAAAUGCCAGGAGUGUGGAAAGUGCUUCAGCCAGAGCCGAGGUUUGGCUGCGCAUCAGCGGACCCACGCGGGAGAGAAACCAUUUAAAUGCCCGGAGUGUGGGAAAUGCUUCAGCCAGAGCGGCAUUUUGACUGCGCAUCAAGGGAUGCACACGGGGCAGAAACCAUUCAAAUGCCUAGAGUGCGGGAAGAGGUUCCGCCAACAUAUACAUCUUACUUCGCAUAAAAGAAUCCACUCGGGAGAGAAACCGUUCAAAUGUCUGGAGUGUGGGAGGAGUUUUCGUCAGCACAUACAUCUUACUUCCCACAAGAGAAUCCACACUGGGGAGAAACCAUUUAAAUGCUUGGAGUGUGGAAAGAGCUUUGGCCAUAAAUCAAUCCUUAUUUCUCAUGUACGAACCCACACAGGAGACAAGCCCUUUAAAUGCCUGGAGUGUGGAAAGAGCUUUACUUGGAGCACGCUCCUUAUUCGGCAUGAAAGAACCCACACUGGGGAGAAACCGUUUAAAUGUUCAGAAUGUGGGAAGGGCUUCAGCGAAGCCUCCUUACUGAAUAAGCAUCAGAGACGCCAUUCUGGGGAGAAACCCUUUACAUGCUUUGAGUGUGGAAAGAGCUUUUUUUCCAGCACGCUCCUCAUUCGACACCAGCGCAUUCACAAAAAGGAACAAUCAUGUACUGCCUGGCACAUGGAAGGAGAUUCAGCUGGAGCCCAGAUCUUAUUUGACAUAAAAUAAUUUGCUGAUAGAACAAUUCUUCAUAGCGAUCAGAAUGUGGUGAAUGCGUUUGUCAUGCUGUAUGCCUCAGAAAGUUGUAAAUGUACUUUAAAUUAAAAAAUCCUGGAAUAUGUCCAUGUUGUAGUGAGAACUUCUGUAAAGGAUCUACUUUAAAUUAUGUUAGACAGUAGAGAGUGAGAGAAUCGCUAUUGUGGUAAAAGGACCAAACCUGUUAUUUAAUCAAGUUUUAAAUGCUUAAAUGCAUUUUAGCUAACUAUCACAAGAGUGUUAGGAUAGACAUUUGUGUUUAUUGUGUCUUUGUGUAUUUGUCUUUUGUCUUUUACUGUUGAUAUAGUCAGAGGACUAAUCAAUAAACAAAUCUAUCUAUAUGA